UUUCUCUGACGUCAUUACUCGGCGCCUAUGUCGAGUUGACAGCUGUGGUGUGACAGAGUUUCUUAAUACAUUGUCGUAAUUUUCCUAUUAUCACGCCUUUAUAGUGACUUAAUGUAACGUGUAAGGAUUUAUAACAGAUCAACACUCAUCGAUAUGCCUUCUGUAAGGCAUACAAGGUUGCAAUGUCAGGUGUUUGUUAUACUAAUAGGAGUGUGCGCAUGUUUCAGCGAUGUGGACCCUGUGUCCAUUGCAACUGCGACAGGAAUGCAAACAAAUGGAGAUGCCUUUAAAAUCGAGGGCCGUGCGAUUGUACCUGGAGUGAGACUACAGGACUGGAUUUCAACAGCACGUGUUAUUGUGGAGGGGGAGGAACACGUCGGGUUUUUCAGAGUUGAUGGAAUCUUCACUGUCAACGAUGUGCCAGCGGGAUCCUACGUGGUUCAAGUAGUUUCACCGUUGUACAGAUUCGAACCUGUCCGAGUUGAUAUCACAACCAAAGGCAAAAUGAGGGCACGCCUUGUGAAUUACAUCAAACCAUCUGAAGUAGUUAGACUUCCUUAUCCCCUCCAGAUGAGGUCUAUAGGCCCGCACUCAUAUUUUGUGAAACGUGAGACCUGGGGCUGGUCUGAUUUCCUCAUGAACCCAAUGGUUAUGAUGAUGGUGCUUCCUUUAGUGGUAAUUGUCCUCCUACCUAAAGUUGUGAACACGAAUGAUCCAGAGAUGAGAAGGGAAAUGGAGCAGUCAAUGAACAUGCUCAAUCCCAACCAUGAGUUACCAGACGUCUCCGAGUUUAUGACCAAGCUCUUCUCCUCAAAGAGCCCCACCAAGACUGGAGGUGUUGUUGGUCGGGUUCCGAAGGGCGGGGCGACAAAAAGGAGGUAGCGCUGACCUCUGACCCCUGUGCCCUCCCUCCCCCGACGAACCGCACCUGUGUAUCUCAAUCCUGCUCCUGGCACAGGGAACCCCUCACUAGGAAACAUGAAGUCCUUAAAACAUCUCAAAAAUGAAGGAAAAUUCACCUUAGGUUCCCUCUGUAAACCAUGCAAUACUUCUUCAUUUGUUAUAAGAGUCCCUUAAUUUAGUAACGCAGUGUCUUAAUUUUUCACUAAUCUGUUGGUAUGUGGUAGCCAAGCCCUUAAUUAUAACUGAAUCCUUGGCUUGCCUCCCUAAAACUUAAGGUUGAUCACUGUCUCUGGAACUGCCUCUCCGUAUUGCACUCAGUUACAGCAUAAAAGUGUCAAGCUGUAAGCUUAAAGCUUAGCGUAGGUCAAUCCUGUUCUUAAGGUUGUAUUAUUUUUAAGGCACAUAGGAAACAAUGAUGUUUUGAGUGUUUUUGACCCUUAGCUUUUUAGAAUGUUUUUGUUUCCACUCAUGAUUCAUUUUUUGGCCUUUCUCUGGAUUUAUUUGAAAUUUGUCAGCAAACAUCACCCAUCACCUCCCUCCAUUUUGACCUCUACCGUUGUGUUGCCUUUGAAGUCAUCUUCCCUCUAUAGAGCUUUACAAUCAAUGAUGUGCAUUGAGUUUACGUCCUUGUGUGUGCCAUGCAUAGCAUAGAAUAUGCAUACAAUGCAGAGGUGCCAAUGGUAUAGGACUGAGAGUUUUCUGCCUAUUAAUGCUGGAUAGAAGAAGAGAGAUUUACCACUUUACUAAUAAUAGCUAUAUGACUUCAUAAAGGAAAAGCAUUAUUUACAUUAUUUAUUAACAUAAACGUUGCUGAAGUGUGGAAGUUGAAUAGAUGUCACUUAUUUAAUGCUGAGCUAAAUAAAUUAUUUGAAAUAA